AUGGAUGCUGUGUCCCUAAAAUACUGGUGCCUGGCAAUGUACCUCAAGCCACAGAUAGGGCUCUUAGCUAAAGGAGUGCCUCAUGAUUUCAGAAACAACUAUACUGAGAGCACACCCAGUGAUGCUCAUCCACACUAUGUUCAGGAGUUAAUUUUGGAGCAGAUGCUCCAUCGCUGUCCUCGGAGGCCUACAAGGAUUUACGAAGAAUUAGAUUUGAGUUGCCCCAUGACUGAAUAUUCAGAAAAAUAUACCAGCUUUGAAAAUGUUAUUCCUCCACAAAAUAUUAACUCUUUGAAGCAUAAACAUCGAGCCGAUGGUGGCAGAACGUCUGAAUUCCUUCCCUGUGACACAUUUCAAGAAAUGGUUCAUGCACCAGAAGAAUACAAGACAAAAAUGGUGGACACUGAUAUGACAACCACCUAUAAGCAGGAUUUUAAUUUUUACCCAUUACAACCUGCUGAAACAAUGAGGCCUCUGGACAGACACCUUAUUAAAAAAGAAAAGCUGGAUACUCUUCCUACCUAUAAAGAUGAUUUCAGACCUUGGAAUACUGAGAAAAGUGAACUUGCUAAACAUCUGCCUACUGAGAAAUCUACAUUUCAGGAUGACUUAAGUCCUCAAAAGCUUCGUCCUGGGUCAAACUUUAAACCUGUGAACCUACUCUCUCAUUCUGCUAUUCCCUUUAAUGCUAUUACAAGCCAUCGCUCAUCAUAUGUGCCUCACCAGCUAGAACCCAAAUUUAUAAGACCAAAAGAAGUUUACAAGCCAAACAAGGAACCUUUUGAUGAUUUAACAACCCACCGCCAUGCCUACAAAGGCCUUUUUGGAGAACCUGCAAAGAUUUGUAGACCAUCAAUCACCAAGGUGACAAAAAAUGCUCCAUUUAGGGAAGACACGGAAUUCCGGGAUAAAUUUCAGUCAUGGGAAGUUCCAUUGCCCAAGGUUCGAAAGUUAACAGAGUAUGUCCCCUCAGCAGGUCACAUGGAGCAAAGUAGCAAAAUCCAUCAAGAUUAUAUUUCAACUCACAUGACCACAGGAGCUCCCAAAAAGCAAAUUUAUUCACGUAUCACUAAGUUUCCUUUUCAAGCAAGAAGCACCACAAAGGAUGAUUUCAAACUAUGGGACAAACCAUGUCAUCUAGGAAUGAUUAAGCCCAGCAAUCAGAUUCCCAAUCCAUCUGGGAAGUUUGAAGGCUUGACCACUUUUAGAUCUCAUUAUAUACCACAUGAGUUAAUUCCAACACUGAGUUUCAAACCUGUCCCCAUUGUCUGUCACAGCUCUGAACCAUUUGAUGACACAACAAUGUACUCUACACAGUAUACAGCAAAGAUACAAGAGACAUGUCCAGCUAGCUAUACUUCCCCUCCAGGAUAUACAUUUGAAAAUACCAAUUCCCAUGGUCACAAAUUAUUCCGCAAGGAUAUUCCUUCAGGAAAGGACUUUUCCCCAUUAACUGAUAAGGUUUCCAAAUAA